AUGGCUUCGCUGUACCAGAGGUUCACGGGCAAGAUCAACACCUCGCGGUCCUUCCCGGCGCCCCCGGAGGCGAGCCACCUCCUGGGCGGCCAGGGGCCCGAGGACGACGGCGGCGGCGCCGGGGCGAAGCCCCUCGGCCCGCAGGCGCAGGCGGCGGCGCCCCGGGAGCGCGGCGGCGGCGGCGGCGGCGCGGGUGGCCGGCCCCGGUUCCAGUACCAGGCGCGGAGCGACUGUGACGAGGAAGACGAGCUGGUGGGGAGUAAUCCUCCACAAAGGAAUUGGAAAGGAAUAGCAAUUGCACUGCUUGUGAUUCUGGUUAUCUGCUCCUUGAUUGUCACCUCGGUCAUACUGCUGACACCAGUGGAAGAUAAUAGUCUGUCUCAAAAGAAGAAGGUCACUGUGGAAGAUCUUUUCAGUGAAGAUUUCAAACUUCAUGACCCUGAGGCCAAGUGGAUCAGUGAUAAAGAAUUCAUCUACAGAGAGCGGAAAGGAAGUGUGAUACUGCGGAACGUUGAAACAAAUACUUCCACUGUGUUAAUAGAAGGCAAAAAAAUUGAAUCUUUAAGAGCCAUCAGAUAUGAAAUAUCUCCAGAUAAAGAGUAUGCGCUUUUUUCAUAUAAUGUGGAACCAAUAUAUCAACACUCCUAUACCGGAUAUUAUGUCCUGAGCAAAAUUCCUCAUGGGGAUCCCCAAAGUCUGGACCCGCCAGAAGUCAGCAAUGCCAGGCUUCAGUAUGCAGGGUGGGGCCCUAAAGGCCAGCAGCUGAUAUUCAUCUUUGAAAACAAUAUCUACUACUGCGCACACGUCGGGAAGCAAGCCAUCCGCGUGGUCUCCACCGGGAAGGAAGGCGUGAUUUACAACGGCCUCGGCGACUGGCUGUAUGAAGAGGAGAUUCUGAAGACCCACAUCGCACACUGGUGGUCCCCUGAUGGCACGAGGCUUGCCUAUGCCACGAUCAACGACUCCCGUGUCCCCCUCAUGGAGCUCCCGACCUACACCGGCUCCAUCUACCCUGCAGUGAGGCCCUAUCACUACCCUAAGGCUGGAUGUGAAAACCCCAGUAUUUCCUUGCACGUUAUUGGAUUAAACGGACCCACCCACGACUUGGAGUUGAUGCCCCCUGAUGACCCGCGGAUGAGGGAGUACUACAUCACCAUGGUCAAGUGGGCAACCAGCACCAAGGUCGCCGUGACCUGGCUGAACCGGGCGCAGAACGUGUCCAUCCUCACCCUCUGUGACGCCACCACAGGGGUCUGCACCAAGAAACACGAGGAUGAAAGCGAGGCCUGGCUCCACAGACAGAAUGAAGAACCAGUAUUCUCCAAGGACGGCCGGAAGUUUUUCUUUGUCAGGGCGAUCCCCCAGGGAGGACGAGGAAAAUUCUAUCACAUCACUGUGUCGUCAUCCCAGCCCAACAGCAGCAACGACAACAUCCAGUCCAUCACCUCUGGGGACUGGGACGUGACCAAGAUCCUGUCCUAUGAUGAGAAGAGGAAUAAGAUCUACUUCCUGAGCACGGAGGACCUGCCUCGGAGACGACAGCUCUACAGCGCUGACACGGUGGGUGACUUCAACCGGCAGUGCCUGUCCUGUGACCUGGUAGGGAACUGCACCUACUUCAGCGCCUCCUUCAGCCACAACACGGACUACUUCCUGCUCAAGUGCGAGGGUCCUGGAGUUCCUACGGUGACAGUGCACAACACGACAGAUAAGACAAAAAUUUUUGACCUAGAAACAAAUGAACACGUGCAGAAAGCCGUAAAUGACCGACAGAUGCCUAAAGUAGAAUACAAGAAAAUCGAGAUUGACGAUUAUAACCUGCCCAUGCAGAUCCUGAAGCCCGCAGCCUUCACCGACACUGCCCACUACCCGUUGCUCCUGGUGGUGGACGGCACCCCCGGGAGCCAGAGCGUGGCUGAGAAGUUCGAAGUGACCUGGGAGACAGUGAUGGUGAGCAGCCACGGAGCGGUGGUGGUCAAGUGCGACGGCCGAGGCAGUGGCUUCCAGGGGACCAAGCUCCUGCACGAAGUGAGGAAGAGGCUGGGCUCCCUGGAGGAGAAGGACCAGGUGGAGGCUGUGAGGACGAUGCUCAAGGAGCAGUACGUGGAUAAGACACGGGUCGCCGUGUUCGGGAAGGAUUACGGUGGGUACCUGACCACUUACAUCCUCCCAGCGAAGGGUGAAAACCAAGGUCAGAUUUUCACCUGCGGCUCUGCUCUCUCUCCAAUAACAGACUUCAAACUCUACGCUUCUGCCUUUUCCGAGAGGUACUUGGGCCUCCACGGGCUGGACAACAGAGCGUAUGAGAUGACCAAAGUGGCCCAUCGGGUGGCAGCGCUGGAGGGGCAGCAGUUUCUGAUCAUCCACGCAACUGCGGACGAGAAAAUCCAUUUCCAGCACACGGCAGAACUCAUUACACAACUAAUCAGAGGAAAGGCCAAUUACAGCUUGCAGAUAUACCCAGACGAAAGCCAUUACUUCAACAGCGCUGCCCUCCAACAACAUCUGUACCAAUCCAUCGUCAACUUCUUUGUGGAGUGCUUCCAGAUUCAGGACAAACUACCGACAGUCACAACGAAAGAAGACGAGGAGGAGGACUGA